AUUAGUAUUACGGUACUUCAAUUUCAAACCAAUCCAAAAAAUAAACAAAAAAAAUUAAAAAUUAAAAAAAAUGUCAUGGUUGGCUCGCUCCAUUGCCAACUCCCUCCGAAUCGACGACGACGAAGAAGAAGAAGAGAACAGCGCCACACCAAUCCCUAAACCCCCUCAAUCCGAACACGAUGAUGAAAAUGAAGAAAAUCGAUCGGCUCGUGGCGUCAGAGAAGAUCUCUCCGAAUUCACAGAAACCCUAACUCGCCAAUUGUGGGGCGUCGCCUCUUUUCUCGCUCCUCCUCCUCCUCCGCCUCCGCCUCCGCCUCCGCCGCCGUAUUUCCACCGCAUUGAUCGAUCAGUCUCCGAUCGGGACCGGUGGGAGCCGCCCCGCCACUCUGGUUCCGGCGACGAUUCCGAUGAGAAAGGCACAGGUUCGGUUGGAAUUUCGGGAAGUCACGAUGAAUUUAUCAAUGGAUUACCUGAUCGGUCGAGGAAUCGAGUGGAAUCGGAGAUUUGGAAGAUGGAUUCGAAUUUUGUGGCGUAUGAGCAGGAGGAUCCAAUUGGGGACGCCGUUGGUAUUACUGAGGAGGUGUUGGCUUUCGCGAUGAAUAUCGCGCAUCAUCCGGAGACGUGGUUGGAUUUUCCUUUGGAGGAAGAAGACGACGUUGAUGAUUUUGAUAUGUCUAAUGCUCAAGUGGAGCAUGUAUUGGCAAUUCAACGUCUAGCACAUAGGUUAGCUGCUCUCAGAAUUGAACUUUGCCCAGCCCACAUGAGUGAGGGUUACUUUUGGAAGGUCUAUUUUGUUCUUUUGCAUUCCAGGCUCAAUACACGUGAUGCUAAACUUUUGUCUACAACCCAGAUUGUGGAAGCAAGAGCUAUGUGGAUGAAAGAGCUACAAAAGCGAACAAAGGCAGAAACAGAUUGGUUUGGAAGUGGCACUUCAUAUGUUAGAGAGAGUGCUAAUACAUGGCAGGAGUCUUUUGAUCAUGUGCCAUCAGAUGAUGCUCCAGGAAACAUGUCGCCCCGAACAUUAGCUUUUGAACCUGCAACAGCUUACUCUGUGACCACAGAAUUUGAGACUCUGAAGCAUCCUGUUGUAAGUACAGAUAUGCAAAUUGUUGACAAGUCUGUUAUUGAAGAGGAGCCGGUGAUGAAGACGAAGGAUAAGGAUUUUGUGGCUGGUCCAUCGUUUAAAGUGCCAGUUCAGAAUUAUGAUGAAGACGAUGACGAUGAUGAUUGGCUUAAAGAUGAUUCAGAAUUAAUCGGGUGCAAUGGAACUGCCAUUUUUUUUGGAAACAAUGAUGAUGUGUCGUUCAGUGAUCUUGAAGAUGAUGAUGAUUGUACAAUGCCUAUAAAAUCCAAGACAGUCACGACAACUGAAACCUCAUGAGGAAUAGCUUGAGGUGACCAUAAGCACACGCCAUUAUUUAUCCAAGGAUGGUUCAACUUGAUCGUCUGAAAGACAAUAUUCGGACCAAGGGUUCAAAUGCUUGCCUACCAACCUUGCGUGGUCACGAGCUCUGUUUCGUGAUGGAUCGGCAGUCAAGUUUCCACUGAACAAUAUUGUCUUGAUUGGUUUUGCAAGGUAUUGUUGUGACUUCAUUGUGGAGAUAGAGCACUUCAUGACUUGGGUCAUUCAGGAAACCUUUAUUGUAAAGAGUGUGAAAGUUUCCUAGAAGUCAGGAGUACUUAGAAGAUUGAUAUAUUGAUUUUUUAUUUUUUAUUUUUACUCCAAUUGUUUUUAGUGAAAUGAAUGAAUAUUCUCUAUAGUGAGGAUUGUGCUUUAUUGAUCACAAACGAUUUGAUAAUCCAAAGGGUUAGGGGGGUAUAUUUUGCUUGCCUCCUCUCUCAGAUUGUUUAUAUCAUGUGUAAA